AUGCCUGAAGAAACAUCAUCUCAAAUUAUCCUAGAUACAUACCUCGGACGGUCUUUUAUAAUGGAUCGAUUCGCCACUCAAAUACAAAAGAAAGGUUUCGUCAAUCGUAUUUUGAUUAUAGGACAAACUGGUGUGGGUAAAAGUAGCGUUGUCAAUUUGUUAGCUGAUGAGAAAAAAGCUAAUGUCAGUGACGCUGCAGUCGGCUGCACAUUUAGUUUUGAUUCUUACCACGUAAUGCAUAAUGAUCAACCCUACGAAUUGAUUGAUACAAUUGGACUGAAUGAAGGUUCAAAAGGAAAAGUCAUACAAAAAGAAGCAUUGAAGAAACUUAUUACAUUUAUUAAACAGAAUAAACGAGGUUUCAACUGUGUUCUGUUUGUGAUAAAGAAAGGUCGUGUUGAUGAUGCAUUCGAAAAGAAUCACUAUCUAUUUUAUAAAACUUUGCUACAAGAAAAGAUACCGGCUAUUCUAUUUGUUGGUCAUUGUGAGCAAGAUGAACCAAUGUCAGCGUGGUAUCUUCAGGAAGAAAAUGUAAAUUUUCUUCAUCCAUAUCAUUUUUCACAAGUUGUAUGUAGUACAGCACUGGAAGGCGGUCGUUUUGCUGAACAAAUUAAACCAUUACGAGAAGAGACACGAACAAAUCUAUGGAAAGCUAUUGUUGAUAAAAUGUUAGAUAAACCUAUACCUGUUGAAGCUGACUUAAACAUGAUAAAACGUUUAUGGAACGGUGUUUGUGAUUAUUUUGGGUUCACUUGGAAAUUUGUUACAGACCAAUUUAAAAGCUUUCUCGAAUAUUUGAGAUUAUAA